AUUUUAUACCUGUCAAAUGAACUAUGAAGCAACCGAUUCACUUAUCAUCGCCAGAUUCUCAGAUAGCACAAAAAAGCCCAGGCAAUUCAGCCCACAUUCAUCGAAGAAAUCCUGGCGCAACAAACAUUUUUUAUUUAAAUAAUUAGCUCCAGAAAAAUCCUUAUCUGCUCAUACCUUCUUCGUAACAGAGCAAAGAGUCCCUAUCUCUCUCUCUCUGAAAGUGACUGUUGCAUUUGGCCUUUCCCGCGUACAAGAAAGACCAUCGAGAAGAAAGCAAUUUUCGUGCACGGAAUUGAACAGGAGAUCCGGAGGAGCGGGAAUAAUAACGAAGACAAUGGAGAGGAAUCACUCUAAAAACGUCGCCUCUGAAAAGACAGAAGAACGUCUGGGAAUGCGGAGGAACUUUGAGGGAGGAACCGUCAUUGAUGAAGGCAUGGACGGACUUUCUCAGAAGCUCCAAUGCAUGACUUUCCGAACGCCCAAAAGAGAUAAGAACAUUUCCCGGAGGCAAGUGCAGGACAUGGAAGAACAGGCAAGGGCAGGGUGGGAACUAGACUUCCUCAUCGAAGAACAGCUGGGCCGGUUCUACGACUGCAACAACCGGGCAAUGAACCCGGCCCGGCUCAGUGACGUGGCCAAAAUGCUCGCGCCCGAUUCAACUCCACCCCUCGAGCUGGCCUCUGUAGGCUGGUUUGGCGAUUGGAGGCCCUCCAUAAUCUUGGGCCUUCUUCAGGGGAUGGCACGUUCCUCCCUGCUGUUGUCCGAUCAGGGUCAGAUUGAACGGAGCUUAAUGCAGUUGAUCCGCGAGGUAAGGAUCGAGGAGGCGAUCAUCGAUGGGGAAAUGGCUGAGAUUCAGGCCACUUGCGUUCUGAGGCUUCCGUUUGCUAGGCAGAUUAAGGGACCUGGUGGUGUUUUCGAACUGAGGUCAGUUUAUUCCGAGUUCAAGAAAAUCAAGCAGGUCAUCAACAAGGCGCAACAGCUCAGGUUCAGGACAUUGGAGCUGGUGGCCCAGAAAAUCCUGGACCCAACUGAUGCAGCAUCCUUCCUUGUCGCAUUCGAGAAGAUACGGCACGGGCUUCACUGUUUGGCAGCCGAACAAGAGUCGCGGAAAGGUCCCGUGACCGUGUCUACCAGGGGGUUGAGGUCCAUUUACGAGAGAGAGUGUGGGAGCGAGAGCCCACACAGGAGUGUCAAGUCCAUUGACAAGAGGCUGCUGAAGAAUGCUAGGAGAGACUGCAGAGGAAGAUAUCAAACCCACGAUGACGGCACGGCUCUGGCUCGGUUCAUCGAAGAGCUGCAGUGCGAAUUGCAAGAGCAUUGCACCCAAAGCAGGAAGGUUUAGCAUGAGAAAGAUGAGAAACAGGACCAGGUAAGAGUUGGGUCAUUCUGAUUGCCGAGCUGAUUCGAGACAUUGUAGGUGAUCUUGCGGGUUUAUGCCGCGUACUUUAGAUGUGCUGUUCCUUUUAGGUUGCUCCAAUUUAGCGAGUCGGGUCAACCAGUAACCUCACGGCCUGGCAAUGCCGGGCCGGUGUCCAUGUACAUGAUGUCGGAGGAGCUCUCGUGGUGUA